AUGAUAGCCUUCCUCACACUGCUCACCGGCUUUCUCUUGUUGAUAUGGUAAAGUUUCUCUCAAUUUGUAUAGCCAUUCUUGCUGAAUAGUCACUGAUUAUGUAUGUAUUCGUUUAUUUAGUUCAGAAAGAUAACAAAAGUCAAGGCACAGAUAAGAAUAGACGAAUUAGUUCCUAGGACAUUAGACCUGAUAAGCUUGUACAAGGAAUGUUUUAGAACACUUUGAGAAAAUUCUCACAAAUCAGAACAUUUUUAAACGACGGAGAGCGUUCAAAAUGCGGGUACUGUUGAAAAAAGGUUCGACAUUAGAAUCGGAGUUGGCAGCGAGCCAAGGACACGCCCCGCAAAUAGCGAGCGGCAGUUGCAGUAAAAACUAUUUGGGAGGCGUGUCCUUGGCUCGCUGCCAACUCCGAUUCUAAUGUCGAACCUUUUUUCCGAUAGUAUUUUUGACUCGUUAAAACUUUCCAGGCAGGACCGGCUUUCCAGGCUACCCCGAACCAGAACUGUCCCGUAGUUCUGCUUCGGGGUAGCCUCGUUUUUCUAAGCGUAGCGACUCAGCCGACUCAGCCAAGCAAGCUCACGUCGUUUUUAAACCGGCCAAAAAGAAAAAAAAACGGGGGCAUUCAAUGACAAGGGGGACCAUCACAAUAAAAUUAGUUUUGUGCUAGAGGCAUUUAAUUCGGAGGGUACAAAAAUUAGGGGGUACAACAGGGUACAAAUGGUUUUGGGGUACAACUUUCAUGGUUUUGGGGUACAAAAAGUCGAGGGUACAAAAUUUUCGAUUCUGGGGUACAAAAAUUUACCGAUUCAGUAGGCAUUGAUUAAGGGGUACAACUUUUAUGAUUUAAGGGUACAAAUUUCACGAUUUUGGGGUACAAAAGUUGCACGAAGCACAUUUUCGAAGUUUUCAUUCCAGUUUUGAAUUUUUGAGAGCUCACGAGACACAGUCGUGUGUAGCCAUGCUUUGUUUUUAUGCAGUAUUUUUGUGUAAUUUCGAGAAAAAAACUUUACUUGGGUAAAUUUCACACACAACAUCAGAUGCUGAAAUUCUGCUGUGAAAUUUCAGAAUUUAAAGGGGCCAAAACAGCAAAACAACUUGUAAGUAAUAUUAUAGGGGCACCGAAUAGAAAGGGCGUUCUGUUCGCAAUCUGGCCGAAUUUCUAGUCCGCGAAGUAAUUUUUCCACUGAAGACGUGGCCUAACUUUUUCAAACUCGGCCCCGAGCUCACUCAAUUUGCACUGCAAAAAAGUUUAUCAAUAGAGCGCCCUUUCUGUUCGGUGCCCCUAUAAUAACAAAGGGGUCGCCGUUUGAACCACUGUCUAUCGGAAGCAAAACGCUUCGAAGGGUCAUGAAAUCUCAUUUAAAAAACAUCUCUGAAACUGAUCAAGCGGUUCGGAGUACAAAACAUUCACGGAGUAAAAAAAUUUUGUGAAACAACUAAAAACAUUCACUGAAUUGAUGCCCAUGAAAAAAUGGGAAAAAAUUGUUGUACCCCAAAAUCGUGAAAUUUUGUACCCUUAAAUCAUAAAAGUUGUACCCCUUAAUCAAUGCCUACUGAAUCGGUAAAUUUUUGUACCCUAGAAUCGAAAAUUUUGUACCCUAGAAUCGAAAAUUUUGUACCCUCGACUUUUUGUACCCCAAAACAACUUGUACCCUGUUGUACCCCCUAAUUUUUGUACCCUCCGAAUUAAAUGCCUGUGCUAGAACCACGAGGACUACUGUGGGAGAAUUCGAGGCUACACCGAACCAGAACUGUCCCAAAUCAGAACCUAUCUGCAAGUGGGGUGACGGGCUCUUAUUGGGGACAGUAGGGAUGGAAUACAGGCGAUUUUAAGCGCCCGCUAGGCUGGUCGAACAGGCGAAAACAGGCGCCUGCGCCUGUUUUUUCAGGCGCCUGUUUUUCAGGCGCCUGUUUUUUCAACGCGCCGCUGCAUCCCUGCGUUGAGAAAACAGGCGCCUGUUUUUUUCAGGCGCCUGUUCGACCAGCCUAGCGCCCGCGCCUGUUUUGCAGACUCCUGCAGACGCCUGCGAAAACAGGCGGUUUUGCGUUGAAAAACAGGCGCCUGUUCUGCAUCCCUAAGGGACAGUUUUGAUUCGGGGUAGCCUCGAAUUCUCCCACAGUACUCCUCGUGGUUGACACACUUGAUUAAAGGCGCAUUACAAGUUUGUUGCGAUGGUCCUGCAGCGAUGGCUAAACUUGCCUAGAGAAAAAUAAAAACGAAAGCAACCCUUUUUCUGCACUCUGCGUAGACCCAUUACGUCUUUUCACAAGACUCUUCUUCAGUUACUUUGGUGUCCUUUUGUCAUGGACACUUUCUGUUUUGACCAAGUCAGAAGUACGAGUCGGGAGGAUAGGAUUUUUCAUGCUUCGCGAUAUAAGUAUCAAGACAGCAAGUAGCUUGUCGAUUCAUAUUGAAGAAAUAUCUCUGCAUAGAGAGAGAGCUCAUCCGACGUAAGUUAUAGUUACUCUCAUCUCGAAAUCUCGCAACUUUUCAGACGAUUUUUCGUGUUACGGAUCGAUGAUGCUCGAAUAGAGGCAGAAAAAUCACAAAACUUUCCUCGUGAUGAUUUUAGGAAUUUGAACAGAUCUGAUAAUUUUUCGUAUAGCAAUUUCCAACGCCUCACGAGGAUCGCUCAGGUACUACUUAUGUAGACGCUUCCCCGAACCAGAGCUGUUCGAAUCAGAACUGCCCGGAUCAAAACUGUCCCAAAGCAGAACCUAUCUGCAGGUCGUUUUUAUUACGAAAAGUCGUGUUGUGACAAGUUUUGAUUCGGGAUAAUUCUGAUCCGGGGCACAGUUCUGAUUGUGGACAGUUCUGGUUCAGGGUAGCCUCCUUAUCUAACCACGACGGCAUCUUCUCACAACAGUUCUUUACAGUACUGUCAGCUUAUAGUUAAUCGCGUUCAUUUUGUUGUUAUGAACAUUGUGCCGGAUUGUUUACUGCACAUAACCAUAGACGAACUAUCUCUUGAAACUUUCCGAAGUCGCGAAGGGUCAGUCUUGUUCAUUGUCGAAGAAUUACGAAGCCCCUUUCGUUUGUGUUUAGAUGGCAGUACGAGGCAUCCUGCACGCUCAUCCAAGGAAAACUAUUGAAGAGAAAUGCGAAAAGUGGCAGUCUUCUAGCUGAGCUGUCAUUACCAUUCCAGCUUUCUCUGGAUAUAGAAAAGUCGACAAUCAACUCGGUUUCUUUACGAGUGUCAGCACCAUCCUUGGCCUUCACAAACAGUGAUAACAGUUGGUUCAAAUAGUUUUGAGAAAUAAUUUUCAGACUUCAUUGUUAUUGUCGAGCAGGUCAUCCUUGCUCCAUCAUCGAAUGGUACAUUGCUGACUAAAUCGACCGACCAACGGUCAAGUAUUCCAAAUUAUUUGAAUAACUUGCAAUUUAAAUUGGAUAUCAAGUCAAUAUCCACGAAAUACACCUCUUAUAGUGGCAAUGAUAGGUAAGCUUGUCAACUACUUUCAACGAAUACAUGGGGUCUGACGGCUUUUUGUUUCAGUUCUUCCUAUCGUUAUAUAACCUGCAGCAUAAAACAGAUUCUUGCUAUUCGUUCUAAUCAUGAUGCCAAUUUAACAUUUGUGAAUUUCAUUGUUAUUGAUCAAUUUUUAAGAAGUGAAGUUCGAAUGGAUUCAGUUAAACUGGUGUUUUCAGUAAGUUUGAGUUGCUCUGCUUAAUAUUAUGCUUCCUUUUGAACAUGAUAUGAGCAAUACCAAGGAGCCGGGCCGAGUCGGGCUUAUCGAAAAAUCUAGGAAACGACGAGCCCGGCUCAGAUUUUGCAAGUCUGAUCAAUACGCACACCGAAAAAAAUUUAUACGAUAAACUGUUCCAGGAAAAUUCCCAUUUCUCUACGUCACAAAUUCGCAUAACGAUUGAUUCAGUCCACUCAAAGCUGGUACUUCCUGACGUUCAAUGGUGGAAAGAGGAUAGUAUGCGCUUACCGUUCACCAAAAUUUCUCAAUGGAUGAGUAAUCCGAAGACCAACAACUCGGACACCAAGUUUGAUGUCUACUUGGAGACGUUCGAUGUCUUUUGUGAUAUUGUCGAUUUUAACUACAAGAAGUCCAUAUUCAGAAUGAGUUUCAUGAGUUUCGAAACGACAGAUGAACAGUAUGAAGUUGGAAUCGAAUUUCUUUCAUUCGGGUCUCUCCCCGAUGAAUCACAAUUCGAAGUCCACAGCUGGGGGGAACAUUUGUUUUUGGGUGCUCUCAUUCUUCAAUGGAAGAACUCAGCCAGUGAUCUCGACAUAACAAUAGGCUGCGACGAUAUGAAAAUCGAAUGGUCUGACAGAUUGGCGGAGCAAUUAGCAGCUUUGUAUGCAUUGUUGAGAAAGACGGAUAAGAAAUCUGAGCAGACGAAGAAGAGAAACUUUGUGAUGAACACUUCUGUGAAUAGGUUUGUCUUAGUCAGUUUAGAAGUCGAAGAAAAUUACUGUAAUUUCAGAUUCGCCUUUUUUAUCGAUGACUGUAGUUGUUUUGCUGCGGCCUAUUGUUCAACGUUCGGGAUUUGUGCUGAGAGUAGAGACAAAUUUGAAGUAGACUUCAAGUUCGUCCGGGCUAUUGAUGGUGCUCGUGACAAUAAUAAGGCUAUUCCAUUGUCCACUGUAGUGGACUCUAGAAAAGUUGAAUCUUGUGAUAUCGUGGAAAGAAACAACUCGCCAACAAGGAGAUGGAAUCUACCAGAGUCCGAAACCAUUGAAACCGGAGAACCAUGUGGAGACAGUGGAGCAUCUGGCUACGAACAGUUUCUGUCUGUUGAUUCUUUACAAAUACAAGUCGAUACCAGUUCUUGUGUUGUAAUCCAAAUAGCAAUACUAACACCGUCCGAUGUUUUCAUUUCGUGGUCACCCCAAUUACAUUUGGUUAUAUUUCAUAGCUAUCAAUCCAUUAAGAAGUGAGUGUACAUUACUUCACAUGAAUCAUCAAAGCGCCUAGUUAUAGACUUGCUAAUCGCGAAUCGGAAACAGUUAGAAGAGUGCCACGAAAAUACCGUCUAAUGGUAAUGCUCGACGCCACAGUUGAAGUUCAAUUGGAAUUAGCGAGGAAUCACCGGUAGAGAAUGAUUAAAGACCACUGACUACCCAUUUUAUUUCAGCAUUUCAUGGAUAGGAGAGAAAUUUUCGUGGGAGUUCUUUGACAGUCAAGCAAUUCUGGGCACUAGCAUGUUGGAUGUUAUUCUGAAUAAAAAGAAAAUAAUCAGUGUUUUGGUCAGGCAAAUUGUGACAGUACUAUUGUGUAAAACUAAAAUUGCAGUGUUUUUCUUUGAAUAUCAGAAGCCAAGAUCAGCGUAUGACGGAGUCGAGAUUGGUGUUUGCGACCUUAGAAUCCCGCUCCAAUAAAGUCUGGAUAUGGACUGCUGACAAGUUUCGAUUUUACCUUCCGUUCGACUUCAACUUCGCACGAGUUUUCGACGAGUUCAUAAAUAUUAUCAAAUGGAUAAAAAUCGUACACAACAUAAGAAAGAACGAGUUUACUGAGAAGUCGGCUCUACCUAGUGAUGUGCAAAUAAACUUAGAGGAAGUUUGCCUGGAGCUUGAAGAUGACGAGUUUGAGAAUAGAUUGAAACUCAGCGCACAGUUGAAAGAAGAUGAAGUUUAUGAGUCGGAAAGAAGAGAACAACUUCUGGAUGAACGAUUGGCUAAUUUAAAAAAAACGGUACCUUUUUUGUCCAGUAAGUCUAGCCCUGUUCAUAUGAAUUUAGAGAUAUUUUUGAUACAGAAGAAAUGAUAGAAUCAAUGAAGAAGACUCUAAUUAUGAAAAACAGUGAAAUUUACAUCGAGCGAUGGAAGAUGUCAGAAGUGAGCGACAGUCCACUUUUCCUUUCCACCUGGAAGGGAUGGAAGAUGCGAGCAUUCGCAGACAUGUCGCUUCAUGGCACAGAAACGUGCGUGCGUCUGAUGAAAACAUUCGAUCCACUGAGGUGGGUAUAACGAUAAUUGCGUAAUGACCUGUUUAGUUAUACAGUCCAAUUCCGGAACAAGAGUAUUCAACAUUAUGGGCUAGGGCCGUUGAGUUUGAUGUGGAUGAAUGGAGUGUAACUUUCAAAGAUUACCCUAUGAAGUACCUUGAUAUUAAAGAUCUUCACUUCUAUGGUUUCCUAGUAGCCGCGGAAAGUAUUCCAGGUUUCGUACAACACGGGUUGAACUCACAAACUGUCGUUAUUGUUUCAGAAGAGGGACGCUCAUUUCGAGAGUGUUCUGUUCCACUCCCAGAGCCUUAUCCCACUCUCACGGUUCAGCGGAACAUGUCCCCUUUGAAAUUCUACUAUGAUCUUCAAUGCGGUUCGAGCGUGAAACCGGUUUUUACAAUCUUAUGAUAUGUUUUCAGCUAGCACAGAUUUUAAUUGUACAUAUGGACCGUGCUGGGAACCAUGCCUCUCGAUGAUAUCUUUGGUUUGGAAUAAUAUAUCAGCCCCGUCCAAAGACCCUUCACAACCACUUCCUUUCUGGGACAAAAUGCGAUUUUUGCUUCACGGAAAACUAUUGUGGUCAAGUGAACGAAUAAUGACCACAAUGCUAGCUUCAAAUGAUCCUUACAAUGAAACGGAAACAGUGGAGAUGUGCUGGGAAGACUUUGGCCUUGAUUGGGCACUCGGAGAAAUUCGAAUCAAGUCAGGACUUCGGAUAUUUCUGCGAACAGCUUCGAGAUAUGAUGAUUCGCAAGUGUUGUCACUUCCUGAUGUUCGAUUGAAAAUACUGCUAGGAUGGGAAUGUGCUGGUGAUCCGCAUGAUCAUCACUCCGUACAUCUUUGUUCUCCUGCGCGAUUGCCGCAUUAUUCAUCCGUGAGCUUAUAGACACUACAGGGGGACAUGUUUUUGAACGUUUCGAGUCCUGAACCUUCAAAUAGGAUCAAUGUCUGGGUGUUAAACGUUUCCCUUUACUGAUCAGUAAAACAGAAAUGUCCAACUCUCUGCAAACCGAAUUUGUCACUCUCCUUGUUAUAACCUUUACCGUGACAUCCAUCAGGAAAGGUCCUUUGAAGGAAUUAGGCUCGUUACGGAACAAAUAAGAAAUCAUAGGUUUUCUCAGACUGAAGAACACGACACGUUUUGCCAGUUCCGUUCGUCUUGCGUGAACGUCACUUUAAACUUCGACGUCUCCACGGGAAGUUGUACAUCAGCAGAAAAGAUGCCUAACUUAUUACUUUAUUCGAAUACGUUCCGAUGGAUAGAGCAAUUCCUAAAAUCGUUGACUACAAAAAACAGGAAUGUUCGCAGAGGAAAAAUAUUUGGAAACCGAAUACUCAUCAAACCUCAAUUGAGUAAGCAUUUUGGAAAGCUACAAUUCUCGUUCUCUCUUCCAAAAGUGCUGGUCACUUACUGGAUGUCACAUUCAUCAUCAUAUGGGUUCCGAGUAUUUUCGGAUGGACUGCAGCUGACUGCAUCCUUCAGGCAAACCGUUCAGCAUUCGUCAACGAACAGGGUAGGAAUAAGACGUCAAAACUCUAGCAAUUUCGCGAAUUAUUCAGGACAUGAAUGUUCAACGGAGAAAAGUUUAUUCUUGGAACACUCACCACAUGACGUGCACUUGGUGGGCGACUCAAAUCCAUGUGUACGGAGGAGAAAGCCAGCCUCCAAGAGACGGUUCUCCUUCGGAAGAUACAUUUUUACUAGGCUUCGGAAGAGUUCAGUAUUCUCGAGAAAUCUAUCCCGGAAAAGACACGCCUUUACACAAAGUGGCCGCGUAUGAUUUGAAAAUGGCAUGGACUUCGGAAAAUAGAGAUGCCUGCCUCACGAUUGCGGAUGGAGUUCAUAGAGCUCAUAUGCUUCGAAGAAUCCUCAGUAACGAUGCUAUGAAAACGUUGAAUGUACUCAUUUUCUGAGACUUUGAACUUGACGUUGUUUUUUCAGAUCCAUUUGGAGCCCACUGUUGAUGCAAAGCCAAAAGAGCCUCAAUCAAGUAGAAAAGAAAAGACACAUAGAAGAGGAUAUAGUGUAACGGAGGCGAACCCUUGGAUGCUCAGUCAACUGAUUGAUGAAGUUGGUACAAAAUUAGUUGCGCACUGUGAGCAAGCUUCGGACGUGCCGAUAGAUUCUCUUCUUGGAGUCCAACAAUCGACAAUGGACGAUGUGAAACUGCUAAACUGGCAAAGUUAGCACAGUAAGAUCAAUUUAUAUGGACAUCGUUUAAUUUCAGUUGAUCUGUACAAUAGUCAGCUCGUUCUAAAAGGAUGCGAACGCGAUGGUUUCUUGAUAGUUUGUGCCGCAAAAUCUCAACUGUUGCAAAAUGUAAGAUUCUCGAUUGAUUCUGCACUGAAUACGCAAAUACAGUUUCAUCGAAAUGUAUGGAAGAAAAGCCUACUGCUCAGUAAGAAGUCGUGGAGUGCAAAACUCUCAGGAAUGCAGUAUUUCGCUCCUAUCUCGGCCACCGGUACGAACAAAAAAAAAUUCCGUUGGCUUCCGCGAGAAGUUAUUGACGAAAAAUGCCAAGAUGUCAGUGGUUUCGCCGAUGAUUUUGUGCAGAAGUUCACUGCAGCAGGAGAAGCUGUUGGAGGAGUUGUUCAGCCAGGUAUCAGCAUUUCAAAAUUCUGAAAAUGUCGCUCUACCGCAAUCCCACGUGAAAACCCGGCCGUAAACAGCGGCUGCUUAUUCAGGCUGUGAAAAAAAAUGAUUGUUUUCCGUUUUUUUUUUCGUUUUUCGUUUUUUUACGUCAAAUUCAGCGAUGUAAAAAAACGAAAAAAAAAACGGAAAACAGACAUACGCUGAAUAGCCCCAUUACUGCCAAUUACUCGUUCUUGCUUCCUCGAGAGGCCUCGGCAAGGCUGUCAAAAAAACAGGGCUACGGCUUCCUGUUUUAGUAGGCCACCGUGACAAAUUCCAGGCCGUCUCUUCAGAAAUCGACCCAGCAUAUCAAAAUGACUCGGGAAAGCCGGGCCGCCAGUUUCGGCAAGCCAGUUUUAAAAGUUUGCCCAAAUGCUGCUUAAAAAUGUUCAGUUUAUUUCCACUUCAUUCCUGCAUGAAAAAAACUAUUUUAUUGGGAUAGUAUAAAAACCAGAAAAAAAGUACCAUUUAGAGAUCAGUGAUUGUAUAGUCUUCGUCACUUUCAUACAAAUGACUUGGACACUUUUUGGCUGAAGUCGAUAGUUUCGUCCGGAUCCGUUUUUCUCUUCACAGGGGUUUUUGUUCUAUCUAAAUCAGAAAAGAAUGUGAUGUAGUACAAAAGUAUACUCAAUUUACCACUCUUGCCCUCUCGGUGUUUGCAGGAUCAAGCCUAAUUUCAGGAAAUUUUGGCUUGCGUCUGCAAACACCGAGGGGCAAUAGCGAUGAAUUGAGUCUACGAGCAUGUGAAUCCUCAGGCAAAUCGUUUCUAAUCUAACUAGCUAAUUCUCGUUUCUAACCGAACCUAGUUAGAUUGCUACCGAUUUCUAAAUCUAGCUAGCUGAUUUUGCAAUCUAAACGUAAUCUAGCUAGGUUUGCCCGAAAUUUUAAUCUAAUUAGAUAAGUUUUGAAUCUAAUAUCAGUAUUUUUGCAAUCUAAUUAGCUUCGCCAAUCUAAUUAGAAAAUUUAUCAGUCCAGUUAGAAGAAUUUGCAAUCUAAUCGCAGUAAAUUAGCAAUCUAAUUAGGUCCGUUUAGAAACGCGAAUUAGCUAGCUAGAUUACAAACGGUUUACCUGAGUCGUUCGAAAAUCUUGAAUAAUUGUGAAGUAGCUCGAAUUCAAGUGAUUUCAAAUUUUCAAUAAAACUCGCUUCUAAACGAAAUCCGACCGAAAUUUUGCUUGAAAUGCGCUCGAACCGAGGAAAUACGGAAAAAGAUAAGUAGUUUCAAUUUGAUAAGCAAAAAAAAAACAAAUAAAACGCAUAAAAACAAGCUGGAAAAAGCGAAAAGUACUGAAAAUGAAAAAUUUCCAUAACAAUUUCGACAUGCCUUAAAGUUUGCGCAAAAGCUUCGAGGACGCUUAAAGUUUGCGCAAAAGUGGCGCGCCUUUGCCGAGGUGGCGGCCGGCCGCCUGAUAGACCUAUUCAGUCGGGAAAAAACGAGUUUAUUACCGAAAAAAAACCCUAUUCAAAUGAGGAAAAAAUAUGAAAAAAAAACUCCGGUAUUUUCUGUGGGAGUUCCAUUUCGGGGUGCUCUCGUUUUUUUAUAGACUAAGAAUCAUGAUCAUGUACUCAUUUUACCGCUCUUGCCCCCUCGGUGUUUGCGUACUCAAGCCUAAUUUCAGAUAUUUUGGCUUGAGUCUGUAAACACCGAGGGGAAAUAGCGAUGAAUUUAGUUUAAAAGUUUAAAAGAAGUCGUUCCGCGGAACGAGUUCGAUAUUUGGAAUUUCGUUAAGAGUUCGAUUACGAGGAAGACAUACAGCUGCAGAGAAUAGUUUCGAGGUGCAGUUGUCAAAUUUACUUCUGCUACUUCUCGGACGAGUUGAAAACCGAUUCAAGUGAAGACAUUUCCGUACCUCCCAAAUUGGAUCCCUCGCAUCAGUCUUUGAGCACUGAUUCGGCUGGGAUAGAUGUACUUACACUGAAACACAAUAUGCUAGAAGCUACUAGUAACUCUGAACAGGUAAAAAUAUUCUACUGAACAAUACAGUUUCCGUUUUCAGUACGAAAUGGUUGUGGACAUUAUAAACAACUUGGCACUUUUCGUUGAUCCAAAUAAGAAGGAAAUUGGCGAUAAGAGAAGAAGACAACGGUUUGAAUGUCAAUUAAUGAGCAUAUCAGAGCUCAGAUCGAAAAUCAUGAAGUAUCAAUCAGAGCUCCGUGAAAUUGUUUCACUUGGACGGUUUCUGGAGCGUCAAUUAUUCUAUAUAAACCAAGGAGAGCACGAAUCUGUCGAGUACACCGAAGAACAAAUAUCUCUGGAAGCGGAAGAAACUAAACAGAGGAUGCUAUCCGUCUCUGAUCUGCUUGCCACCUAUAUUAGCUCAUAUAAGCAAAGACAAGUAAAUCAAAUGAAGAACUACGACGAUCAUAGUGAGAAAAAGGGCGUGGAAGUGAUCAGACGAUUCGAAGUCUGUUUCGAGGAUUGCAUAUGGAAGUUAACCGAAAGUGAUGGACAAAUAGCAUUAGCUCAAACACAGAUCCGCAACUUUUUGUAGGAUGACCAAGCCCUAAUCGAACUAUUUAUUUCUUCAGGUACACGAGGACUGUGAGAGACAGUAACUGUGGAGACCACUUGUUUGAGGUCGGAAGUGUUCGAAUUGCGAAUUUACUGCCAGAUUCAAUUUAUAAGAAUGCUCUUCAUCGGGACGAAACGCGACAUUCUCGACAACCUGCGAUUAGGUUGUUCGUGAGAGAUAUGCCUCCUGUCGGCGGCAUAAGUGUUAAAGAACAUUUCGAAUUGAAUAUCGCUCCAAUGGUUGCAGCAAUCACCCACAGGCUUUUCGAUAAAAUGAUGCGUUUCUUUUUUCCUGGAAGAAAUAUUCACACAAACGAUAGUUUGGAGGCUGAAGUCGAUUCUUCGGUAUUCAGCACCGUCUUCAGUUAGCCAAUCGGAGUUUUACAGAAAUUCUCGUUUACCAGAAAGAUUGCGAGCAGUCUUAGCAUGAGAAGCAACAGAUCUGCAACAGGCAAAAUAGUCCUACAGGUAAUGGGUUUUUUACGCCGUCAGUCAUGACCAAACUGCUACAAGAUUCGGUGGUACAACAGGGUACAACAAUUUUUAGGGUACAACUUUUUUGAUUUUGGUGUACAAAAGUAAGAUGGUACAACUUUUCAAUUUUUGGGUACAAGAAUAUGGCAUUCGUUUGACUGGUACAACUUUCAUGAUUUUAUGGUACAACCUAUUUCCUACUUUCAAUAUUUCCUACCAACAUUCCUACUUUUUUUUCACUCAUGGCAGACGUAAUCACGUUCAUCAUCAGGAAGUAAUCGCAGAAUCGGCAAAAAUGGAGCCUUCAGUGGAGGAUUCCUAUGAAACGUGACGUGAGGAAAUACUAGACAAGUUUAUGACCUCAUUUAUGAGAAUUGUAAUAGAAGAACGCAUAUUUGAAAAGCUUGUAGAAGAUGUUUCAAAAUCAGUGAGGAAGGCUAGGAAGGCAGUAAAGGAAAACGUGAGGAAGCAGAAGACGGACUGGGAAAAAAGCAAGGACUGUCAAACGGAAGAAGUUGAGGAAGUCUAGGAGUCAGAAAUGGAUGCAACUCCAAGUGCUCGUUCUCAAUCUGAGGAAGUACGGGGCAAAGUUCCAACGGAUCCUGACAACGUCUCAUCAUGCCACCCCAAUCCUUCUCUCGUACAAAUCCACGUGCAACGGUAGAAAUAAGAAAUGGAAAAAACAUACUUAGGAACGGAGGCUGUCACGGAUUUAUCGAAUUUGGCACACGUUAAAUGAACCAUAGAACUCUUUCCUUUCACGUACCUUGCGUACGUAAUAAACAAUAAUAAUAAUAAACUUUUAAGAUUUCAGAGUACGACUUUUGCAACAUUUCACUGAACGCAAAAAAAGUAGAUUUUCGGACGUUCCAUAUGAUUUUUGAUGAUUUUUGAAUUUUUUGUACAUUGCAAAUGAGUGGGGCUUACCCCGAAUCAGAACUGCCCUGUAUCACAACUGUUGGCAAUAACUGAAUUGCUACAUGCUGAACUAUUUUUUUUUCUCAAUCGCUAUAUUUCCCCAAAUACUAUAUUGUCUCAAUUACUCCUUUGCUCUCAAUUACCACACCAUUUCUCAAAUUUCACUGAAUAACGCAAAAUAAAAAAAAGUUGUACCCAAAAAAUUAUUGUACCCUGCAGGGUCUCCCAGGGCGCUAAUGCUAAACACAGUGCGCUCGUAAGUUGCGGAGUGUCGUUGUAACUUUUGAAAAUUUGCAGGUCUGAAAAUGCAGUUCAAUUCUAGUUUACGACCUUUAUUUCUUUCUUUUUGACUUGAAAAACGUCUAGAAAACAAUAUUUUACCGAUUGGAAACCGUUCUUUACAGAAUUUAGAGUUUUUCAUGUUUUUAGCGUCUUUUUCGCAUUUCGUCAAAACUUCAAACCUUUAUAUUUCAGCUCAUCUUGCAUUUCAUGAGCCCAACGAACGAUAAAAAUGUUCGCUGAAUCUUUCUUCACAAAAUUUAGGUUCCGGCGGUUAGUUUUCUUGAGCAGUUUUCGAAAACUAUUCUAAAAACACCAAAAUCCAGGCCAAAACCUUCAAAUCGAAAUAACUCGGCUAAUUCUCAACGAUAUGUGAGAUUUCUGUUACCAAAACGUAGCUAGUGCUCUAAUUAUUCGGAUCCAGGUUCCAGGCGCACAAAAAAAUAAGUGUAUUGUGCAGAAAACAUGGAAAGAACGCGAACUCCCGUUGAAAGUUAAUUAAAAGUUGCAAGUGCGCCCCAUUGAAAUCAUUCGCGCCGUGGGAGACCGUGCCCUGUCGUGCCCCCGAAUCUUGUGUGUUUUUUAAGGAUUCCCAUUCUGAGAAAGACGACAUCGAUAGAAUGAAAGAGAGGGCAGACAAAGUGAAUCAUUUCAUGUAUAUAAAGAUACCCGAAGUUUCUUUCGUUGUUUCUUACAAGGUUUGUAACCUGAAACUUUGAAUAGACAAAAUGAGUUAAUUCAGGGAAACAAGGAUAAAAGCUUGAUUGACGUUAACCAAUUCAAUUUCGUUUUCCCACUUUGUGAAUAUCACGAGCAGAAUUGGACAUGGCUGGAUCUGGCUCUUGCUGUAAAACAAAGAUGUAAAAGGGUCCUACUUCAGCAGGUAAGGAUAAUUUAUCCUUUCAACUGAAAACACUAGUAGUAAGACGCUGUCAUUUCAGUUUAUGCGUCAAAAGCUUCUGCGAAAUAGGAUAUCAAAUUUUUCGAUUGAUGUUAUCCCACAGGGUAUUAGUGAAGACGAGAAGAAACGAAUUGCUGUUGGAACUGUAUGUUGAUUUCAUUUCGUCGCUCCCGUCCGCGUCCCCCGAAGGUUUCGCGCACUUGUGCAGCACAUACGCUUCAGCUCGCCGCAGUGAAUUCUUGAACUCACGUGAACUCUGAAAUGACUUUGAGAAUAAUAAGAAAAGCAGCGUAAGCUCGUCCUGCUUGGCGGGCCAGGUUCCAAAAGUCUUGUUAAAUUAUGAGGUUAUUCAGCAGAUGUUGAAUCUCAAAAAGUGCGCGAAAUUUGCGAGGAACAAGAGGAAUUAAUUUGGUGGCUUACAGUUGUGAAAAAAAUAGAAGAACGUAGAACUUUCAGAGCAACACCGAUCAAAAGGUUCUCAAGGAUGAGAAGUGA